AUGGACCAAAAGGAAACGACUACAAGAAAGAGGUUAAGAGUUCCCACAAAGAAAAUGAAGGACCUGCAUAAUUCUCCUCCCCCAAUUAAGCAAUCUGAUUGUUUGGCAUUCGUCAGAUGGGAGGACGGUUAUACCGGCAAAAUCUUUACAGGAGCAGACAUUUUGCCAAGAGAUGAAGCUCCUGUGCAGAUCUUAGAUCUUAAAACAGGAGAUUCUGUUUUAGCAAAGUGGUCAGAUAUGAAGAUGCUGGUCCAGGUGAAGUACAACCAACAGCAGAAGUAUGUGAAGCUGGAUGACGUUGAGGGACAGUUUGACUUUCUCCAAUUCCAUGGAAAAGUCAUUGAGAGAUUUUGCCUGCCACCCGAUGCAAGCAUUAUGUACAAGGAUGCAACAGGGACAGAAGUUGAUGCGGAAAUAUUCAGCGACCUGGUUGGACAAGGCAAUGUGGUGCUGACAAUAUUCUCAAGCCAGGAAUUUUCAGACCUGUCCUUGUCCUCUGCAUCUGAGAUCUCUGACUCUAGCUUCAACUCAAGCGGAACUCUUACCAUGGAUGAGAUCCCUCACAAGAGAAAUAAGCAUGAUGCAACAUCAGCUAAACAGUUGAUUGAAGCUGUGUUAAAAGCCAAGUCUGGCAGUGAAGCAGUACUUCAGGAGUACCAAACAACAGAAACCCUAACAGAUAUCACAAGACGACAAAUGGUCAACAUACUGGUGGCUCACAUGAUUGAUAGUCAUGGAAACCUUCCCACUAAGGCAGUCAGAGAGGAAUAUGCUCUUGGCAUAGUGACACUGUUCCCGUCUCUCAAGGAUCCAUACACCAAGAAAGGCUAUGAACAUUUCUAUGAUGCUGCUAGUAGCACAGGAUACAUUUCUUGGCGUCUGAAAACAGUCCAAAGGAAAAUUCGGCGUGGAUCUGAGGCGCCACCAAGUAGCUCUUUGAACCUUUCUUCAGGAGGCCCAAAGUUCCAAAGGAUUGUCAAUGUCGACAAUCAGCUUGAUGGGGAUGCUUGUCAAGAGGCAGUAUCUUUGCUCAACCAUACCACAGACAAUUCCGUGAUUCUCCAGAAGAUGAGAGAGACAUUUCAGCACCGUCAGAAGCUUGUUAAUGACCCAGGUACAAGUGCUGAUAUCCUCUCCAUCUUCCCAAGAUUCCUCGAUACAAAAGGAUUGGUGGAGCAAGACUUCAUUCUCCUAUUUGAUGAUGAGACAUCCUCCAGGCUGCUUCAGAAGUGGGAUGUGUUCUUCAAACCAAACAUCAUAAAAGAGGCUAAGCGACUUACUUCAGCACCAGAGUUGCGGCGCUUGUUACAGUCAGCAGAAUGUUCCAUUGGAACUUACGACCAUGAAAUGGCCUCCCUGUUGUUGCUCAUACAUCUCCUUCCACCACCACCAGGAGGACCGAAGUCUCCAAAAAUCAGUGCAUGUGAUGCCAUUGAGAGACUUGUUGUCUUUCAUAAGUCAUGCUGCAGUAUGGAGGAGCAUCUCCGCAACCAGCAGGGUCGGCAGCCAUACCUCCUCGCUGUUGGCCGUCAGAAGAGCAAGAUCGACAGCUUCUACAUCGCCAUGGAUAAGCAUCUCAUCCCAUGCCAGUGGAUGUCUGGAUGUGAAUGGAAUGAUGAGACUGAUGAAGUUAAAGGUUGGCAACAGCAAGCUCUCCAUCUUUACCUCCACUCUAACCUUCUCUCCAUCUUUAUCUCAUGCUCUCCUUACCUCCAUCCAAACGUUUUCUCCAUCUUAACCUGCGUUCUCACCUUCUCUCCAUCUUUACCUCCAUCUACACCUUCUCUCCAUCUUUAUCUCCUUAUCUCCUUCUCUCCAUCUUUACCUCACUCUCUCCAUCUUUACCUCAUUCUUACAUUCUCUCCUUCUCUCCAUCUUUACCUCUCUCUCCAUCUUUACCUCAUUCUCACCUUCUCUCCAUCUUUACCUCAUUCUCUCCUUCUCUCCAUCUUUACCUCUCUCUCCAUCUUUACCUCAUUCUCACCUUCUCUCCAUCUUUACCUCAUUCUCACCUUCUCUCCAUCUUUACCUCCAUCCACACCUUCUCUCCAUAUUUACCUCCAUUCUCUCCUUUCCCCUCCAUUUUUACCUCCAUCCUCACUUCCUCUCCAUCUUUAUCUCAUUCUCUCCUUCUCUCCAUCUUUACCUCAUUCUCUCCAUCUUUACCUCAUUUUCUCCAUUUUUACCUCAUUCUCACCUUCUCUCUAUCUUUACCUCCAUCCACACCUUCUCUCCAUAUUUACCUCCGUUCUCUCCUUUUCCCUCAAUUUUUACCUCCAUCCUCACGUUCUCUCCAUCUUUACCUCAUUCUCAACUUCUCUCCAUCUUUACCUCCAUCCACACCUCAUCUCUAUAUUUACCUCCGUUCUCUCCUUCUCUCCAUCUUUACUUUCAUCCACACCUUCUCUCCAUCUUUACCUCCAUCCACACCUCAUCUCCAUAUUUACCUCCGUUCUCUCCUUCUCUCCAUCUUUACUUUUAUCCACACCUUCUCUCCAUCUUUACCUUCAUCCAAACCUCUCUAUUUGUACCUCCAUUUUCUCUAUCUUUAAUUCCAUCCUCAUAUUCUCUCCAUCUUUACCUCCCUCCACACCUUCUCUCCAUCUUUACCUCUGUUCUCAUCUUCUCUCCAUCCUUACCUCCGUUCUCAUCUUCUCUCCAUCUUUAACUUCAUCCACACCUUCUCUCUAUACCUCCAUUUUCUCCAUCUUUACCUCCAUCGACACCUUCUUUCCAUCGACACCUUCACUCCAUCUUUACCUCUGUUCUCAUCUUUUCUCCAUCUUUACCUCCAUCCACACGUUCUCUCCAUAUUUACCUCCAUUCUCAGUUUCUCUCCAUCUUUACCUCCGUUAUUACAUUCUCUCCAUCUUUACUUUAAUCCACACCUUCUCUCCAUCUUUACUUCCAUUCUCUUCUUCUCUCCAUCUUUGUCUCCAUCCACACCUUUUCUCCAUAUUCUCUCCAUCCACACCUUCUCAUCUGUACCUCCCAUCCACACCUUCUCUCCAUCCACACCUUCUCUCCAUCCACACCUUCUCCCCACGUUGUCCUGUGUUCACACGUGACAUCACUUCCUGUGCAGAGCUUCCAGAGGUGUUCCUGCUCCAGAAGACGCCGUCCUCUCCGGUCAGCUGCAUGGCGACAGGUUUCUACCCCGACGGUGCCGACCUGUUUUGGAGGAAAGACGGCGAGCAGAUCUUCGAGGACGUGGAGCACGGAGAGAUACUCCCCAACCACGACGGAACCUUCCAGAUGUCGGUGGCGCUGAAAGUGGAGGUGACGGCCGACGUGGAGGGCAAGUACGAAUGUGUGUUUCAGCUGUCAGGCGUCAAGGAGGACUUGGUCACCAAGCUGGAGAGAAGAAGCAUCCUGAGCAACGCAAGCCAUGAAGACAACUUGAGCGUCGCCCUCGCUGCCACGGCGGCGGUCCUCGCUGUGGCGGCCAUCAUCAUCAUCAUCAUCAUCAUGGUCAUGGUCAGGCGUCACAGAAACAGACAAGCCCAGUACGAUCCAGCUGCUCGCCACGGCGGCGUGGAGCUCGACGAGAACGUGCAGGCGGCUGAAGGCUGAGAUGCUUUGUGCACUGGAACACAGGGAGAUGUCUCCAUCGCUGAGGGACGUCAUCACACUCGGAGAUGAGAUGGAGAUGUGCUUUGUUCUUCGUCCGACUGCUCCUCACGCUAUUCCAUGUAUUCUUCUUUGGCCGUUAAAAGACUUUCAAGAUCAAACGUUGGUGGCUGUAAAAUCGCACGUUUCAUGGCCUUGACGUCAUGACGAGGAUUUCUUCUUUUCUUUCAAUGGCCGCUGCUUAUGAUCAAUAUCACAUUGUGUCACAUCUCUGUCAAUAAAUCCGUUUUUCCUCCA